CGCAUGCGCAGCGCGGAGUCCCGGCUCGGGACACAAGAUGGCGGCAGCGGCGCUGGGGAGGGCGAGGCGGAGGCGGCAAAACGGGCGGUUGAGCAGAACGUGUAGCCGCAUCUCCUCGAGUCCGCUCCGGCCAGUUGCUGAUGCAAGAAAUCCCCUGGGCCCCUGUCCACUUCACUGCUGACUGGCCCACCUGUGCUGAGCCUUCCUUCGGGUCUACUCCCUGCCUCUGUGGGACCCUGUGAUGUGGGGGUCCAUCCCGUCAGAGAAGAAUACCCUCUAAUGCUAGUGUUGCAGACCCCAGAGGGUACAGUGUGGGUGCUGAGAUGGCCAAUGAGAACCACGGCGGCCCCCGGGAGGAAGCAUCCCUGCUGAGUCACUCCCCAGGCGCCUCCAGUCAGAGUCAGCCCUGUUCUCCAAAGCCCAUCCGUCUGGUGCAGGACCUCCCAGAGGAGCUGGUGCAUGCAGGCUGGGAGAAAUGCUGGAGCAGGCGGGAGAACCGUCCUUACUACUUCAAUCGAUUCACCAACCAGUCCCUGUGGGAGAUGCCCGUGCUGGGCCAGCAUGACGUGAUUUCGGAUCCGUUGGGGCUGAAUGCGACCCCACUGCCCCAAGACUCAAGCUUGGUGGAAACUCCCCCGGCUGAGAACAAGCCCCGAAAGCAGCAGCUCUCAGAAGAGCAGCCAAGCGGCAAUGGUGUGAAGAAGCCCAAGAUUGAAAUCCCUGUAACACCCACGGGCCCAUCAGUGCCCAGCUCCCCCAGUGUUCCAGGAACCCCGACGCUGAAGAUUUGGGGGACGUCCUCUGAAGAUAAACAGCAGGCAGCUCUCCUCCGACCCACUGAGGUGUACUGGGAUCUGGACAUCCAGACCAAUGCUGUCAUUAAGCACCGGGGGCCUUCGGAGGUGUUGCCUCCACAUCCCGAGGUGGAGUUGCUACGUUCCCAGCUCAUCCUAAAGCUUCGGCAGCACUACCGGGAGCUGUGCCAGCAGCGAGAGGGCAUUGAGCCCCCCCGGGAAUCUUUCAACCGCUGGAUGCUGGAGCGCAAGGUUGUGGACAAAGGCUCGGACCCUCUGUUGCCGAGCAACUGUGAACCAGUCGUGUCACCUUCCAUGUUUCGCGAAAUCAUGAAUGACAUUCCUAUCAGGUUAUCCCGAAUCAAGUUCCGGGAGGAAGCCAAGCGCCUGCUCUUUAAAUACGCAGAGGCCGCUAGGCGGCUCAUCGAGUCCAGGAGCGCAUCCCCUGACAGCAGAAAGGUGGUCAAGUGGAACGUGGAGGACACCUUCAGCUGGCUGCGGAAGGACCAUUCAGCCUCCAAGGAGGACUACAUGGAUCGUCUGGAGCAUCUGCGGAGACAAUGUGGCCCUCAUGUCUCAGCGGCAGCCAAGGACUCCGUGGAAGGCAUCUGCAGUAAGAUCUACCACAUCUCCCUGGAGUACGUCAAACGGAUCCGGGAGAAACACCUUGCCAUCCUCAAGGAAAACAACAUCCCAGAGGAGGUGGAGGCCCCAGAGGUGGAGCCCCGCCUGGUGUACUGCUACCCAGUCCGGCUGGCUGUGUCUGCGCCCCCCAUGCCCAAUGUGGAGAUGCAUAUGGAGAAUAAUGUGGUCUGCAUCCGGUAUAAGGGAGAGAUGGUCAAGGUCAGCCGCAACUACUUCAGCAAGCUGUGGCUCCUUUACCGCUACAGCUGCAUUGAUGACUCUGCCUUUGAGAGGUUCCUGCCCCGAGUCUGGUGUCUUCUCCGACGGUACCAGAUGAUGUUUGGCGUGGGCCUCUAUGAGGGGACAGGCCUGCAGGGCUCGCUGCCUGUGCAUGUCUUUGAGGCCCUCCACCGGCUCUUCAGCGUCAGCUUCGAGUGCUUUGCCUCACCCCUCAACUGCUACUUCCGUCAGUACUGCUCUGCCUUCCCCGACACAGACGGCUACUUUGGCUCCCGCGGGCCCUGCCUGGAUUUCUCCCCGCUGAGUGGUUCCUUUGAGGCCAACCCUCCGUUCUGUGAGGAGCUCAUGGAUGCCAUGGUCUCCCACUUCGAGAAACUGCUGGAGAGCUCCCCAGAGCCCCUGUCCUUCAUAGUGUUCAUCCCAGAAUGGCGGGAACCCCCAACACCGGCGCUCACCCGCAUGGAGCAGAGCCGCUUCAAACGCCACCAGCUGGUCCUGCCGGCCUUUGAGCAUGAGUACCGCAGCGGCUCCCAGCACGUCUGCAAGAAGGAGGAAAUGCACUACAAGGCUGUCCACAACACGGCCGUGCUCUUCCUACAGAACGACCCUGGCUUUGCCAAAUGGGGGCCGACGCCAGAGAGGCUGCAGGAGCUGAGCACUGCCUACCGGCAGUCAGGCCGCAGCCAUGGCUCUGGCUCCUCGUCGUCCUCCUCAGAGGCCAAGGACCGGGACUCAGGCCGAGAACAGGGCCCCAGCCGCGAGCCUCACCCCACUUAACACACCCUGCGGGGAGGAGAAGCCCCAGGGUGCUGGUGCAGACUGCCGGGACUCAGGCAUCUGGUGCUGGGCGGACCCUGGGGCCUAUCCCCAGGAGCCAGGCUGCCAGUGACACAGGAAGAUGUUGGCUUGCCGGGGCUCCCCUCCCUGCCCCUUCCCCCAACUUCCCACCUCAGACUCACUCCACGGCCCCUGUACAUAGACCCCAUUCCUCCCCUUCCUGUCCUCCCCCAAGUCCUGUUGCCGCCUGGUUUCAUUUGUAAAAGGAAAUACAGAAAUUCCCGUAA